AUGGAACCGCUUGGUGCAUUCGCCAGCGUUGCCACCAUCGUUGGAUUGAUAAGACCAACAGCCAAGUUCGUCAGAUCCCUCAGAGGAAUCACCUCCGACGACGGCCAUGUCGCCACAGAAAUUCGCAGAAUGGCCAUUCGAAUCCAGGCAUCGGCUACUAGUAUCGACGUUGCAUUACAAGAGCUCAAAGGCCACUCAUCAACGCUUGAGAAAAUGCAGCACGCACCUUCAAAAGUCCUACAGUAUAUUAUCGACAACAAGUCCAUGGAAAUGAUUGUGUCUGGCACAGAAUCAAUUAGCAAGCAAAUGAGGGACACAGCUCGCGACCUCAGCGAUAAGAAGAAGCGAUUCAAGAUCAUCAACAAGAUCGACUGGAUUCUGCGGAAACACAUGGAGGUUGAAUCAUUAUUUCCUGAGAUGCAGCUCGUAACGGCUUGUCUCUCUCUUGUGUGUCCCAUCAUCAGACUAGAGAUCAAUCAGUAUAUUCUCAACAAAUCCUCCGGCGAGGUUGCGCAGUGUCUGGAGCAAGAGAUGGAAUCCUUGCGUAGUCAGUUAAAAAUGGUCGAGAAACAGUAUCACAGUAUAAUGCAGGAGCAACAGCGAAGUAUGAAUGGCCAGUCAGACUUUGAAGCUGUAACGAAACCACUUCUUCGCUUGGCGCAGAGUGUACGACGAACUGGUUCGGCACCCCGACCUAAAAGAGCACCGACUAGUCGAAGAUCAACUAUCUCAGAAGAGACAUUUCCGAGUCCGCCGGGUAGUGAGACAUCAACUGUUUUUGUUCUUGUUCUUGACGAUGAUGAGGAAAUUGAGGUGCCACGGAGGACAAGUAGGAACUCAUCCGGGCGGUCGGCCAUGAGCAGGAAUUCUAACUCAGCUGCACCAACUCGGACUCCACGAACCUUCUCGGGCUUACACUCUCCCAGGUCUCACAACCCUUCAGUCCCUCGCAGAGCCCCAUCAGAGUCAUCGCAACGAACCUCCAACAGCGCACAGUCUUCCAGGCCUCACUCAGCUGUUCCAUCACCAUCGUCACAGACACCGGACACGCCUCCUACUCCCCAAAGCCCCGAUAGUCUGGAGGUGCCUAAACCACUGAGGAUAGAUACCUCAGCACGCGAGAGUGAGUCGCGUGGGGGAAUCGUCCGGGCCACUCAAGGGUAUAUAAUCAACCCAGCAAACAAGGGGACAGCCAUUCCAACGAAGGCUGCGAAGAUUGAUCCAUCCGUUUUCUUCAAUUACAUGUCAGUAACGACGGCGAAACAACUCGGUCUGGAUAUUCAGGAGCUGGACCCUGAUGAGCCUAGUCACACUCAUAGCUGUAGCAGCGGAGUAAAAAUGCGUGGGAAGGUGAUCGGUAAAAUUACAGGUGUAGGAUGGCGUAAAACAGGUUGGUCAAAGGCUAUCCCCGUUGAGUUUCUGGUUAAAGAUUACUACGCCGACGGGAUGCGAGAGCAUGUGGUGUUUGGGAGGAAAUUUGCCAACGCCCUUGACGCGGCUGGGGGAGGCAGAUGA